AUGCUUAACAAGGCCGUAAGUGCUGGAAGAAUUGGCUAUCAUCCUUGGUGCCGUGAGGUCAACCUCUCCCACUUGAGUUUCGCAGAUGACAUUGUGGUCUUUAAUGAUGGUUCUCCGGCGUCGCUUGAAGGCACCCUUAAAGUGUUUGAUGACUUUGCUCUAACUUCGGGUCUGACAGUCAACAUUGCAAAAUCCACAGUCUUUGCAGCGGGUCGGGGGAAGCGGUCUUCAGAAGCAGUAGCAACUCGAAUGGGAUUGUCCGUCUCUGCGCUCCCAAUAAAGUAUCUUGGGCUGCCCCUCACGACCAAGAUAAUGUCUUGGAGUGAUUACGAGCCGCUUCUAAUGAGGAUAAGGGACAGGUUCCUAAGCUGGACAAGCUCUGCCCUAGCUUAUGCAGGUCGCCUUCUUUUGAUAAAAUCAGUGAUUGCUAGCAUCACAAAUAUUUGGUGCGCAGCUUUCUGCUUGCUACAAGGUUGCAUUGAUGAAAUCGAGAGCAUGUGCUCUGCUUUCCUUUGGAGUGGCUCUCCGAAUGUCACCAGCAAAGUAAAGCUUAAAGUUGAUAUGGCGCUUGUUUCAGAGCUCGAACUCCUUAUGGGUCGCCUGGGUGAAGCGGUAUCUCCUCAAACAAGCAUCUUUUUGGGAUGUGCGGGACACAAGUGCGGGCUCAUGGGUGUGGUGGAAGUUGCUCAAACUGAGACCGCUAGCGAAAAAUUCCUGCGUAUGGAGAUCCGUAAUGGUUGGCGCGUCAAGUUCUGGUUUGACCUAUGGCAUCCUCUUGGUAGAAUGAUCGAUAUCACCGGAGAGGUGGGCAUCCAAAAGCUUGGCAUUAGAAGAAAUGCCACAAUAUGUGACGUGCUGAGGGGAAAUGAGUGGCAAUUUAGGUACUGCAGAGACCCUGGCAUACGCUUACUCGGGGACCAGAUCAGAGCUUUCCCGGUAGUGUUAGAUCCUGAUGCUGAGGACGCAGUUCUCUGGAAGAAGGAUGUGAAUGUGUUUCAGGGAGUUUUUGAAGCACACAGUACUUGGAAUCUGAUCCGAGUACACAAGGUGGUGCUGUCAUGGAGUAGAAUCAUUUGGUUCCCGCAAAAUGUCCCUAGAUUUGCAUUUGUAGCGUGGCUUGCAAUAAAGGACAGGUUAGCUACGGGACAUCGUAUGAGUAACUGGAGCCAAGGACUAGCUUGUGGUUGUGUUUUUUGCGGUGAGCCUGAUGAAACUCGAGACCAUCUAUUUUUUGCUUGCCCCUAUACUUUCACCUUAUGGAUUGACGUCGCUGGUUUGCUACUGGGCACGCCCCCUGAUCCUGAUUGGUACAUCACAAUGGAACAGAUUGCUCAUCAUUCGCACGAUAAGUUAACUACUAUCCUACUUCGAUUGGCAUACCAGGUGACUAUCUACUACAUUUGGAGAGAAUGGAAUGACAGGAAGCACAAUAACACAGUGAGGUCAGUCCAGCAACUUGCCCGCAUUGUUGACAAAACCAUUCGCAGUCGUAUCAUGUCUACCCGAUACUUCGAGAAGCCCAAGCUGAGAGAGCUCCUCCAACGAUGGUUCACAACUCGGAUCAGCACAGCUUAA